UUUGCGAAUUUCUGGCGUUUCUGUUUUAAUUUUAAGUUUUAAAACUAUUAUAAGUAUAGUGAUAUUGCGUACUAAAGCCAUAAUAUACUAUUCUCUUUAUAUAAAACUUCAUACAGGAGUCGGGAGUAUUUUUUAGAUAUUAGCUUCAUACACAAUAUAAAAAUUAUAGUAAAAGUGCACUGAAAGUUAAAAUCAGACAUGGAUGUGAAAACAAUAACUGCGGAAAACCUGAUAGAGUGCUGGAAGGAGAUUUUUCCAGACGUCUUACUGGUAGCUGAAGACAUGAAGAAGCCUCAUGCUUUGAUGAGUGCCCUGUUCCUGCUGUUUGACCGCUUGGGUAUUGAUAAAGAUGCUAUACUUGCGCCACCACCCGAAGAAGAAAGAAAUGAAAACUUGUACUUCUACUGGGACCUGCUGCCAGUCAUCAACACAACCCGAGCGUUCAACCACAUCACCCAGUUUGCCUUCACCAACACCAUCACCCAGCUGCUGCAGCCGACGCAUGCCACCUCCCACACCAUGCUGCUGCUGCUGUUCAACCUGAUGCUGUUCAGGGAGGAGCGCAUGGCUGACAUUGCUCCUUAUGAAGAGGAGCUGUUCUCCAAAACUGAUAAGGUCAGAAUGUUGACAGACAAAAAAAAUAACUGCUUGGAAUUGCUCAACAAACAGUUUGCAGAAAAAGCUGAAAGAGCAGGGAGACUUAAAAAUAUAGACCGUGAAAUAAAACAAUAUGAAGAAGAACUCAAACAAGAGAAAGAAGAAGAAGACAAAGACAAGCAGGAACUAGAAGCUCUACAAAAAGAGUACCGCCAAAUGCACAUCUUACUUGAGCAGAAGAAGGGACUUCGGGACUCGUUGGUCACAGAAGUGGACAAGAAACGCGCCUUGAGAGUGUACGAUGCUGAGGACAUCAAGGCGCAGGUGGAGCAAGCGACACAAAACGUUCAGGACGCUGAAGAGAAGCUGAAUAUGCUGCAGGCGACGCUGAUGCAGAAGGAAACCAGUUUGAAGAAUCUGCAGUCCAUCAAACCCAACCUGGACAGCGCUAACGUCUUGCUGUAUGAUAUCAUCAAUCUGACUGACAGCUUGAGGGACUGCGAGAACGAAGAUACAGAGAACAAAGAGGAUGAGCAAGAGAAACUGAAUGUGGAGCUCAGUGAGCUUGAAGCUCAGUUCGCGGAGCUAAGCGCCGCGCGAGUGGAGGCAGGUAGAAAGCGCCAGGAGGCCGGUCGUAAGCGCCAGGAGGAGCGCGCCCAGGCAAAGAGUGACCUACGUGAUGCCGAAGAAAAGGAUAAGAAAAGCGCAGAGAAAUCCAUAAGGGAUGCGCAAAAAGUGGUGGAACUCCAAGAGUUGACAGAACAGUAUGAAAAAGAAAAAGCGGCCGAACUCGACGAACUGGCCAGCAUUAAAGAAAAUUUCAUUCACGAAUUGGAAUCAAUCGACGAAGCUGUUUUGAAGAAGCUAGCAGAGUGCAAGGAGAGAAUUGAAGCGAAAAUACGUAAACGCCAUGGUUGAGCUGCGUUACUAUAUAAAAUUAUGUGAAUAAGUGUUUUUUGUAUAAAUUCCUUAAAAUAAA